GUUUUUGGCGCGCUGUGGCCGGUGCUGUGUGUAUGUCGGUGUGAGUGUGUGUACGCGCAUGUGUGCGUGAAGGGCUGUUGCUUGUGAGAGCAUCUAAGAAGAUCUCUGUGGUUGACGUUUGUACCGCAGGUUGAAACAGCAGGAAGAACAUCAGACCCAGUUGUCUUGCUUUGAAAUAGGACCAUAGGGAUCCUUUCCCUCCCUCACUCAGUGUCUCGGUUACUUGUGGGUGGAAAAGAAGGCGUUUGAAGCAGUCAUGGGAAAGAAGAAUCAGAACCGUGAAGAUGACGAGUCUGCGUCCACAGACGAAGAGGAAUACGUGGUGGAGAAGGUCUUGGACAGGAGGGUCGUCAAGGGCCGAGUGGAGUACUAUCUUAAAUGGAAGGGUUUUUCAGACAAACACAACACGUGGGAGCCGGAGAAAAAUCUCGACUGUCCAGAUCUCAUCUCCGAAUUUAUGAAGACGUACAAAAAGGGCGGCAGCGGUACGAGCACUCCAAGCAGUGGGACCAAACCAUCCAGCGCGACUCCAGCUCGCGCCAAAGACACUGGCAGCAAGAGGAGAAACUCGGACGAAGAAGAGGAAGGCGGCAGCAAACAGAAGCGGAAAAAAGAGGAUGAGAUCCUCGUUGCUAGAGGCUUCGAGAGAGGUCUGGAGCCAGAGAAGAUUAUUGGUGCGACUGACUCUUGUGGGGACCUUAUGUUCUUAAUGAAGUGGAAAGACUCGGAUGAGGCGGACCUUGUGCUUGCAAAGGAGGCCAAUCACAAGUGUCCUCAAAUCGUCAUUGCUUUCUACGAGGAGCGUCUCACUUGGCACGAGGAUGGAGAUAAGAAGGAGAAGGGUGCUGCAGCUGUGUAAGGGUACAGUCCCCUCCUAGAGACAGACACGAGUGCUCUCACAAUCCGUCCUUUGUUCUGGACCAUUUUAAAACCACCACUGGCCUCCUGGCAUUAGAGGUCACUUCCCACCUUCUUUAGUCUCCUUUCAUCUCCCAUAUAAACGGCAACUCUUUAUCAAACAAUGUCUCAAGUAUUGAGGGAUGAGCGAGUAAUUGAGAACUAUGCCAAGAGCUUGGGGAAUGGAGGUGUUAGACUGAUGGAAUCCCAUGGAUAGUGUUUUUACCCUGCAGAGAUUCACCCUCUUUUUUUCAUGUUUUAAGUAUUUGUGUUCCAAUGAGUUUUUUUUUUUUUUUUUCCCCCCUUGUGUGUGUUGACUUGAUAGUUUAGAUUCCAUACAGCAGUUGGUGAAAUGUAUUGAGACAGCUGAUAUUUUUUUAAUGUUUUAUCAGAGAUUGUUGUUAUGUAUCUACAGUGCUGGAUUAGUCACACCAGUUCUCGCCCCUUCCUGAAAUUAGAUAAACUUUCUGGUGUAUUUCUCCCAUCAAUGAUGAUUCAUUCAUUCUCUCUCUCUCUCUCUGUCUGUCUGUCUGAAAGAAAUGUUUAUGAUCUAGACCUGAUGCAUUUCAUCAGUUGUUUUCACAAAGCAAAUUUCUUCCCAAAUAGUUUGACAGAAAUCUGAACAUACCCAGGUUUUAAACUAUGUACUUCUCAAAACUGCUUGUGCUCAAACCAACGUAUGGGGACAGACAAUCAUCACUUUUGUCAGUGUCUCUGUUCUGCUUUGACCUUGUGAGGGCAUGGAUCACUGACGUUCAUCCCCAAGUGCUCCACCUUGUGGCCAUUUACUUUUGUCGGGGCCACCAGUUUUAACCGCAAAGGGCCGUUGUGGCUACAGACUUGAAUUCCAGCUACACCUACCAGUCACUUAAAGACCAAGUGAAAUCGGCUGAACGCAGCCUGUGUUUGGAGUCAGUACCUGUAGCCACACCUACAGGCUUUUGUGGAUAAAAUUGAACGAGCUUUAAUGUACGUAGGAUGUGAACAUGUUACUCUGUGCCACUUCUGUCCUCGCCAAGGUUCUUUUCGCAAGUUUUAAACAGGAAGUGGAUCAAAGCUGAACCUGUCCUUAACGGGGUUAUGAGCUCAGGUGUGUAAUUCUGUUUGUAGAGCCACUGGACAAAAAUUUAACCCAAUAAACUUCCUGACUUUCAUUAACAUGGCAGAGCUACUGAUUCUGAUUUAAAAAAAAAAAAAGUCAGACCGUACGUCAUGGCGAAUGUAGUCAGAUGGAAAGAACUGGCGCUUGUUUUUAGAUUCUUUGGCUUCAAAGCAGGCGGUAGCCCCUUUAAAACUCGUUUUAAAGGUUAUGGUUAGCAAGCAAAGGUUAUAUGUUGGGAACAGACUCCAUCAAAUGUGCCAUGGACUGCUAUAAUUUUAGAUACUGUAAUGACCGUGUGUAUGUGUGUGGUUCAAAUCCCAAUUUGAGAAGUCGGUGUCGUCCCCCCCUUCCCCCCUCAGAUUUCUGGAGGGAAAUGGCUAUUGCCUACCUGUCUGUCUGUCUCUCUCAAAUGUACGGCUUGACUUUUUAUUCUCUUUAUCUCGUUAUGGACGUACUCUCCCAUUUCUGAUCAUUUCAUCACAUAGUCAUGUGUGUUCAGAAUAAGAUUUUGAUGUCUUUUACUUCUAGAUUUUUUUUUUUUAAAUGUCUUGUAUCAAAUUGUAGUAAACCUAGUUUUCCACACGAAUUUGAUAGUUUUUCAUUUUAAAGCCACAAUACUGACAUGUUUUGAUUUGAUAGUUUUAAAGACAGGUUUUAAAGCGAUCCAUGUUUGCAUUGAUGCAUGAGGAUUUUGGUUCAUAAAUUUAAGAAUACAAGAUUAACUUUUCCAGCAGAUGGUGCUAUUCAGCUACACUCUUGUACAGACCAAAUCUCAAUGCAACCCAUAGUGUUCUAUCAAACUGUGCUGGUGUUGAAUUGAUUACUUGUAUUGGUGUAAAGAACUGUACAUUUUCCUAUUAAAAACUGAGAUCACUGAGCAGCGCACAAAAAAAAAGGAAAAAAAACCCCACCCCACCCACGCAAUGCUUGGUAUGUACAUGCAAGGACCAAAAAAUAAGUUUUAAGGUUUUAUUUUUUUUUGUGAAAUUCCAUGGCUAUUUCUUUGAAAUGUUUUAUACUCUCUUUACACACACCCAGGCAGUAGCUAUACACCAUGACUUAGUCGUAUAACGUUUGACAUUUGGUCUUUAAUAUAUUCCUCAUGGUAGUUACUAGUGAUAUCUUUGGAGAGUGUUUUAUAAAUUAGCCCACACACUGCUUACAUGUGAAAUCUUUCUCACAGCUGUUUGUAAGUGUAGAAUGGUGCUGCGGACAUUCAGUUAAAACUGUCAAAUCAAAAUAAAGAAAUUAUAAAUAAGA